UGGCAGAGGGGUCUGACCUAAGACAGAGAUGCUGCCACUCCGAGCAAGUUUCCCAGAGGGACCCUGUUUCCAACCUCUUGAUGCGGAUGUCCAUGCAGAGCCCCGUCUCUGUACCGCUGGCCCCAGACAGCGCUAACACCAUGGUGAACUGCGCCAUCAAGUCCGAGGAGAAGAAGGAGCCUUGCCAUGAGGCUCCCCAAGGCGCGGCCCCUGCUGUGGAGACCCAGCCUGGAGACCCAGCCCCGGCCUCCCAGGAUGCUGCUGGCUCAAAAGCUCCUCCUCAGGACUGUGCCUCACCAGAGAGUAGUGGGUCCCCAGAUCCCAAGAGACCAGCAGCUUCUGAGGCCGCUUCGGGAAGCCAGGAGCGGCUGGACUUCAAUCGCAACUUACAGGAAGUUGUGCCAGCCAUUGAGAAACUGCUGUCCAGUGACUGGAAGGAGAGGUUUCUGGGAAGAAGCUCUGUGGAAGCUAAGGAUGUCAAAGGGACCCAGGAGAGCCUGGCUGAGAAGGAGCUCCAGCUUCUGGUCAUGAUCCAUCAGCUGUCUGCCCUUCGGGACCAGCUCCUCACAGCACACUCUGAGCAGAAGAAUAUGGCUGCCAUGCUGUUCGAGAAACAGCAGCAGCAGAUGGAACUGGCCCGGCAGCAGCAGGAGCAGAUCGCCAAGCAGCAGCAGCAGCUGAUCCAACAGCAGCACAAGAUCAACCUCCUCCAGCAGCAGAUCCAGCAGGUUAACAUGCCUUAUGUCAUGAUCCCAGCCUUCCCCCCAAGUCACCAGCCUUUGCCCGUCACUCCCGACUCCCAGCUGGCUCUGCCGAUUCAGCCCAUUCCCUGCAAGCCAGUGGAGUACCCGCUGCAGCUGCUGCACAGCCCGCCUGCUUCUGUGGUGAAGAGGCCGGGGGUGGCCACCCACCAUCCCCUGCAGGAGCCCCCACAACCACUAAACCUCACAGCCAAGCCCAAGGUACCUGAGCUGCCCAACACCUCCAGCUCUCCCAGUCUGAAGAUGAACAGCUGUGGGCCUCGGCCCGCCAGCCACGGGGCUCCCACAAGGGACCUGCAGGCCAGCCCCCCCAGCCUGCCCCUGGGCUUCCUCGGCGAAGGGGAUGCUGUCACCAAAGCCAUCCAGGACGCUCGGCAACUGCUACACAGCCACAGUGGGGCCUUAGAAAACUCCCCCAAUGCCCCAUUCCGAAAGGACCUCAUCGGCCUGGACGCCUCCCCGGCCAAGGAGCGGCUGGACGAGAGCUGUGUGCAUCCUCUGGAGGAAGCCAUGCUGAGCUGUGACAUGGACGGUUCCCGCCAUUUCUCCGAGUCUCGGAACAGCAGCCACAUCAAGAGACCCAUGAAUGCCUUCAUGGUGUGGGCCAAGGAUGAGCGGAGGAAAAUUCUCCAGGCCUUCCCGGACAUGCAUAACUCCAGCAUCAGCAAGAUCCUUGGCUCUCGCUGGAAGUCUAUGACCAACCAGGAGAAGCAGCCGUAUUACGAGGAGCAGGCCCGUCUGAGCCGGCAGCACCUGGAGAAAUACCCCGACUACAAGUACAAGCCAAGGCCUAAGCGAACGUGUGUCGUGGAGGGACGGCGGCUGCGCGUGGGCGAGUACAAGGCCCUGAUGAGGACGCGGCGCCAGGGCGCUCGCCAAGGCUACGCCAUCCCCCCGCAGGCUGGCCAGGCACAGGUGAGCUCAGAUAUCCUGUUCCCUCGGGCAGCAGGUAUGCCCCUGGCACGUCCGCUGGUGGAGCACUAUGACCCCCAGAGCCUGGACCCCAACAUGCCUGUCAUCAUCAAUACCUGCAGUCUCCGGGAGGAAGGGGAGGGCAGAGAUGACAGGCACUCGGUGGCCGAUGGAGAGAUGUACCGGUACAGCGAGGACUCGGACUCGGAGGGUGACGAGAAGAGUGAUGAGGAGCUGGUGGUACUCACAGACUGAUCCCUAGCUAGCUGGGCCCGGCCCGUCACUGCUGGGGGAGAGACCUUGUUCCCACCCCGACAAGCACAGCCAGCCUUCCUGAACUGUCUGGUACUUGGACUUGGGUGUGCCCAGGCGAUGGGUGAAACUGCACUUGUAGAUACAUUCCCAAGGUGGGGCUCCUCCUCUUCAUCACAACCUCCGGGCACAUCUGAGGAGCCAAUGGCCUGGCUGGGUGGGAGUCACGUGGCUGCCGCGAACCAAGCUGGCUGAGUGUGUUAGCCCUUGGGGCUAAAGGCCAGGGACCACUGGAUAUACACCCUCCUGGAUGUCUGCCCACUCAAGGGGACCCCUAAGGUCACAUGCUCUGUUUUUGUCUUGGCCCAGACCAGCCAUUGUGGGACGACAUGUCUGCCCUGCAGGCUCCCAGGUCACCCCUCUGGCACCUGGGUUACUUUGAACUCUGUGCAGUCUGGCUGUCCUGUUUUUGUCUUCCAAGUCCACGUGCCUCUGGCUACUGCGUGUCUGUGCGUGGCUCGCAUCUUCAUCCCGCCACUGCCGGCAGAAGGUGUUUGCAGAGUGGCCACCGUGAGCCAGGCAUGUCGAUGUGACGUGUGUCUUGAUGCUUCUCUGGGGGCUUCUGUGUUCCUUCGUCCCCAAAUUGCUACCUCUUUGUCAGUCUGGUGUCUCAGGUUCUGUGUAUUUCCUCCCCGUGUACAUGGCUCUCUUCCUUCGUCUGUCCCUGCUCCCACCAUACCCGCCGUAUCCUCUGGGUGUUUGUGGGUGUUUGUAGGGCCCGGCCUGCCCCUGGGACUGGCAGUUUCCUGACCCCAUGACCCCUUUCCUCCCUUCUGACUUUGCCAGUCGGUUCCCACGGAGCCAUUUUUAGCUCCCAGGACCGUGAGAGCGAGCCCAGGCCUCCAAGGGGCUCGGCCCUUAUUCCCAACCUGUGUCGCAGGCACAGGGGCCUUUUUUUUUUUUUGUCCGUGACAGCCCUGCAGAGGGAACCCAUGGCAGCCGGUCUCCAUGCCUUCUUCUUGAGCUUAGAGUGGGUUCUCCCCUCCCCCAUCCUUUCUUAGGGAAUCUUCCUGGUUGUGUCCCAUGAAAAUCAAAGACCAUUAGCAGCUAGCUUCAAAGAUCUGGAGCUGCCCUGGGUCAGGGAAAUGACCCGAAACCCCUCAUGGCCAGGCGCCUUCCUCCCCACCUCUGUCGACCCUAUUUCUCUCCAGACUGUUUCUUUUUAUGACUGUAAACAUAGAUAGUGCUUUAUUUUGUUACUAAGAAGAUAAUGAUGAAUAACUUAACCAGCAUAUUUGUUUUUUCUGAUGGUGUAAUAAAGACCAACCAUUUCAGAAUGUGAUUUUU